UACCAAUUGUGUGGAUAAUUUUGCUGUCAACAAAAUUGUGUUGGUGUAUUUCAGCGGCAAUCAAUCAGCUGACGUUUAUCGUAGCGGUAUAAAAAUACUCGAAAUUUUCACUACUACUGCUGGCAUCCGUGCGUGAAACAGUUCGUGAAUUGCCAUUCCUACACAAAGGUUUGUGCAUACCCAGUUGUCUAGAACUGGCGUUGAAGUUUAUGUGAUCGAAAAUAUUCGCAAUUCACUGGAAUCAUUUUGUUAACUGUGAAAGUGCUUCCGUACGAGACGACAGGGUCAGCAUGCUACUGGUGCUGAGGAAUGCCGUCAGUGAGCUGCUAGCAGCUAGGCGUCGUCAUUUCUCGUUUCUAGUGGUACAGUGAUGGACUAAACAAACCAAACCGUCUGUUCCGGCUGUUAGUUGAAACCACCAACAGAACAAACGACAAAAGCUUGUGUUUUGUCCAACGGUCACUGAUAAGAUUGAAUGUGGUGUUUGCACUAUUGACACACAGUAGAAGUUAGAUAAUCUGCACAGUUGGUGAACAAAAUACGAACUGCAAUCGAAACGAGAUAGCGUGAGGUUUGCCGUUUAGGGAAGUUUUUUUCCGGAAAAUUUGAACAGCUCUGAACGAUUCAAAGAUCCGGUGAAAAUGCGAUCCGAUCGCAGAAACAACAAUAGCGUGUUCCGGACGUUGUACGCAGGUGGGGCGUGCCAUGGUGAUCUGUAUGGGUCGCGUGUUGCCUGCAGUAGUAAAGAUAGCCUGGACCUAAUCCAGCGAUUGGACCUAUGGAAAUCGUUGAAAGUCCACAAGGGGUGUGUGAACACCGUUUCCUGGAGUGACGACGGACAGCUGCUGCUGUCCGGAUCGGACGAUCAGCACAUCGUCAUCAGCAGCCCGUUCACCGGUCGGACACUGUUCCAGCACAAGACGACCCACCGGGCUAACAUCUUCAGUGCUCGAUUUCUGCCGCAGAGCGGUAACCGUGAGAUUGUGUCCUGUUCAGGGGACGGAAUAGUGCUCUAUACCGAGCUGAAGAACGUAGCGCUACAGCCGGCUGAAGCGCACGAACGAAAUUUGAACUACUUCAACUGUCACAGUAACGGGACGACGUACGAAGUGCUGACCGUGCCAUCUGAGCCGCGCUCCUUCAUGAGUUGCGGCGAGGAUGGAACGGUUCGAUUGUUCGAUCUACGAAAGAUGACGCGUUGCCUGAAAACUUGCUGCAAGGAUAAUAUUUUGAUUCUGAGUCCGUCGGCGGUUACGGCUAUGGCGUUGGCACCGAUUUCGUUGAACUACAUAGCAGUGGGUAGUUCCGACAGUCACGUACGGAUUUACGAUCGCCGGUUUCUGAAGCUAGUCGACUGUAAUACUCCGGGAUCACCGAACGAUCGUCACACCAUACCGAUUAAAAUGUUCACCAAUCCGUCGAUGGAGAAGCGAUCGUUCCGGGUGACAUCGAUCGCGUACAGUGGGGAUGAGAGUGAACUAUUGGUUAACUAUUCAUCCGAUCAUCUCUAUCUGUUCGACGCCACCCGCGAAGGUAUCGAGGUGUCGACCGCUCAGACGUCCAGCAGUACCGAUAAGGGAAAACGGGGUUCCAAAACACAGCACAGUAUUGACAGUCCGCCACCGGUGCGCCGGUUGCGUUUGCGUGGCGAUUGGUCCGAUACAGGGCCAGAUGCACGGCCGGCCCGCGAGAUGGCCUCGCGGGUAUUCGGGGCCGGCCAGGCUCGGCCACAACUGCAGGCUACGAUCAUGAAUCGUAUGACCGAGGUUCUGUCGCGAAUGUUGGCCGAUCCCCGAACGCGAAUCGGACUCACCCACACGAACGAACUGACGAACGAUAGCGAUCUGGCGAAUGUCGUUGACGAUUUUCGCACCUUUGCUAGCAGUUCCGCUAGCCAGGACGGUGCUGACGGUGCCUCCGGUCAGGAACCGCAACCAUCGACGAGCGGAACACAACCAAAUCGGCAACGUUCUGCGGAAAAAGAUGACGAAGAUGAUGACGACGGCGACGAUGGGAAGAAUGUAAACAUUAAACAAAACCAAAGAACAAAGUCUGAUGAUGAACAGCUUGAUUCCACGUACGAAGCGGAAUUGAAAGCACUGAACGAUCUCGAACGGAAAGUCGCAAAUUACGACUACGUAAUUCGCAAAUUUGUUGGUCAUCGAAACGCUCGAACGAUGAUCAAGGAAGCUACCUUCUGGGGUAACGAUUACAUUAUGUCCGGUUCGGACUGUGGCCAUGUGUUCACCUGGGAACGGGCAACCGGCCGGUUAGUGAUGCUGAUGGAAGCCGAUCAACAUGUAGUGAACUGCGUUCAACCUCAUCCGAUGCUACCGAUUCUGGCUACGUCCGGAAUCGAUUACGACAUCAAAGUGUGGUCACCGAUGGACGAAGAGAAAGUCCGCUUCGAUCAAGAAUCAGCCAAUGAUCUCAUGGAACGGAACGCUGUGAUGUUGGAAGAAACUAAAGACACCAUUACUGUCCCAGCAUCGUUCAUGAUUCGAAUGCUCGCGUGCAUACACUCGCUUCGGAAUCGACGGAGUGCUCCGGCUCCGGCUGCGAAUGGUGUGGUGCCAGAUACUGCUGAAAACAGCAAUGGAAAUGACAGUAACAAUAAUUCCAACGACGAUGGUGACGCCAACAACGACAGUUCAAGUAAUGGGCAAGCUGGCCCAAGUGGCAGUGGCAACUCGGAACAUUUUCUGUAGGACGAUUGAGUGCCAUUAUUGUAUCAUAAACGCUUCCGAGUCUCGAGCAAGACUUAAACCCUAUUUUUGCACCCUCUUUGAUUCCAUACAAACAUGAAACUUUAACUCGUUUUAUUGGAUGUGCAUUAACAACUCAGCCGGCAGAGCAAAACAAGCAAGAUGUGAUUUUUCGUUGUACGAUCAGACCCGAUCAGUAUAAUUAUUGCUAUUGAGAACAGAGGA